CCCUUCUGUGCAAGAAUUUUCUUAGAAAAUGGAGAAUAAAAAAAGAGAGCUUACUGGAAUGGAUAGUAGCAUUGUCUCUAGGGUUGUAUUUGUGUAUCUUUUCGGGACUCUUCAGAGCUAUCCAUUUUCCUGAACAACCUCCUAGUGUCCUGGGAAGUGUGGAUGAGUUUAACGAUUCUGACAUAGUGGUGGCAUAUACACCAGUCACUAACAUAACACAGAGGAUAAUGGAGAAGAUGGCCUUGGCUUCCUUUAUGAAAGGAAGAACAAUUGUUGGAACACCUGAUGAAGAAACUAUGGAUACAGUACUACUACAAAAGUACCCUGAAAUUGUGGGAGUUGUGUUUAGUGAUACUUUCUCAUACCAGCUGAAGUUUAAUUGGAGACAUAGGAUCCCAAAUAUAAAGGAACACUCUGAAUACUCAGAACACUGUUGGGCCACAAAUGGUAAAUUUUUUUGUUACUUAGAAAAAUACUGGGAAAAAGGAUUUGUGGCUUUUCAAACUGCAAUUAAUGCUGCAAUUAUAGAAGUCACAACAAACCAUUCUGUGAUGGAGGAGCUGACAUCAGUUAUUGGAAUAAAUAUGAGGAUACUAGCUUUCACUUCUAAGGGAGAAGUUAUAAAUGAAUUGUUUAUUUUUAUUUGUGUAGUUUGUUUCUCUUCUUUUAUAUACUUUACAACAUUAAAUAUUACAAAUGAAAGAAAAAAAUUUAAGAAGCUGAUGACAGUGAUGGGUCUCCGAGACUCAGCAUUCUGGCUCUCCUGGGGAUUGAUGUAUACUGGCUUUAUCUUUAUUAUGUCCAUUUAUAUGGUUUUGAUCAUAACAUCGAUCCCAAUUAUAGUUCAUACUGGCUUCAUGGUGAUAUUCGCACUCUUUAUCCUAUAUGGCCUGUCUUUGAUUACAUUGGCUUUCCUCAUGAGCGUGUUAAUAAAGAAACCCUUGCUUGCUGGUUUGGCUGGAUUUCUCUUCACUGUAUUUUGGGGAUGUCUGGGAUUCACUGUAUUACACAGGCAACUUCCAUUACCUUUAGAAUGGGUAUUAGGUCUUCUUAGCCCUUUUGCCUUCACUGCUGGAAUGGCUCAGAUUACAUAUCUGGAUUAUUACCUGAAUGGUGUUAUUUUUCCUGAUCCCUCUGGAGAUUCAUACUUUAUGGUGGUUACUUUCUUCAUUUUGGCAUUUGAUACUCUUCUCUAUUUGAUAUUAACAUUGUAUUUUGAGCGGGUUUUACCUGACAAAGAUGGCCACCGGCAUUCUCCAUUGUUUUUCCUAAAGUCUUCAUUUUGGUCCAAACAUCAAAAUAUUCAUCAUGAAGUCUUUCAGAAUGAAAUAAAUCCCGAGCAUUUCUCUGAUGACUCUUUUGAACCAGUGUCUCCAGAAUUCCAUGAAAAAGAAGCCAUAAGAAUCAGAAACAUUAAAAAAGAAUAUAAUGGAAAGCUUGGAAAAGUAGAAGCAUUGCAAGGCAUAUUUCUUGACAUAUAUGAAGGACAGGUCACUGCAAUACUUGGGCAUAGUGGAGCUGGUAAAUCAACACUGCUAAACAUUCUUAGUGGAUUGUCUAUUUCAACAGAAGGAUCAGCCACUAUUUACAAUACCCAACUCUCUGAACUAACUGACAUAGAAGAAAUCAGAAAGAACAUUGGAUUUUGUCCUCAAUUCAAUUUUCAAUUUGACUUUCUCACUGUGAGAGAAAACCUCAGGCUAUUUGCUAACAUAAAGGGGAUUCAGCCAAAGGAAGUAGAACAAGAGGUAAAAAGAAUUAUAAUGGAAUUAGACAUGCAAAACAUUCAAGAUGUUAUUGCUAAAAAAUUAAGUGGUGGGCAAAAGAGAAAACUAACAUUUGGGAUUGCCAUUUUAGGAGAUCCGCAGGUUUUAUUACUAGAUGAACCAACUGCUGGAUUGGAUCCCUUUUCAAGGCACCGAGUUUGGAACCUCCUGAAAGAGUGUAAAAUAGACCAUGUUAUCCUUAUCAGUACCCAGUUCGUAGAUGAAGCUGACAUCUUGGCUGAUAGGAAAGUGUUUCUGUUUAAUGGGAAGUUGAAAUGUGCAGGAUCAUCUUUGUUUCUGAAGCGAAAAUGGGGUAUUGGAUAUAAUUUAAGUUUACACAGGAAUGAAAUGUGUGAUACAGAGAGAAUUACAUCUCUUAUUAAACAGCACAUUCCUGAUGCCAAGUUAACAGCAGAAAGUGAAGAAAAACUUGUGUAUAGUUUGCCUUUGGAAAGAACAAACAAAUUUCCAGAUCUUUAUAGUGACCUUGAUAAGUGUUCUGACCAGGGCAUAAUGAAUUAUGGUGUUUCCAUGACAACUCUGAAAGAAAUAUUCUUGAACCUAGAAGGCAAAUCAACAAUCGAUGAACCAGAUUUUGGCAUUGGGAAACAAGAGAAAAUAAAUCUGACAAGAGAUACUGGAAGUGAGUCUGAAUUGCAACAGGCUCUUUGUUCUUUUCCUGAAAUGAGAAAUGCUGUCAGGAACAGAACUCUCUGGAGAAGACAGGUCUGUGCCAUAGCAAGGCUUCGCUUCUUGAAGUUAAGACAUGAGAGGAAAACUCUUUUGUCCUUAUCACUUAUCUUUGGAGUUGCUUUUAUCCCUGGUAUUAUACAGAAGGUAAUGUAUGGAGUAGGUCAUCAUACUCUUCGUUGGGAGCUUUCACCCAGUAUGUAUUUCCUGUCUCUGGAACAACUCCCAAAGCCUUCUCUUACCAGCCUAUUAAUUAUUAAUAAUACAGGAUCAAAUAUUGAAGACCUCAUACAUUCACUGAUGCAUCAGGAUAUAGUUUUGGAAAUAGAUGACUUUAGCAAUAGAAAUGGCUCAGACGAUCCUUCGUACAAUGGAGCCAUCAUAGUGUCUGGUGACCAGAAGGAUUACAGCUUUUCAGUUGCAUGUAAUACCAAGAAAAUGAAUUGUUUUCCUGUUCUUAUGGGAAUUGUUAGCAAUGCCCUUCUUGGACUUUUUAACUUUACGGACCUUAUUCAAACAGAGAGAAAUGUGUUUCCUGAUGAUGACAUAAUGCUGGGAAAUGGUUUUGUAAGUGGGUCCAUACUUUUGUUGAUGGUGGCAAACUGCAUUUUUCCUUAUAUUGGCAUGAGCAGCAUGAGUGAUUAUAAGAAAAAAGCUCAAUUCCCGUUGUGGAUUUCAGGCCUCUGUCCUUCAGCAUACUGGUGUGGACAGGCUCUGGUGGACAUUUCAUUAUACUGCUUGAUUCUCCUUUCAAUACAUUUAGUUUCCUACUUCAUAUUUCUGGGAUUCAAAUUUCCAUGGAAACUCACAAUUGUUGCGGUAGUGUGCCUAGUUGGGUGUGCAGCUUCUCUUAUAUUCCUCACAUAUGUGCUUUCAUUCAUCUUUUGCAAGGGGAGAAAAAAUAAAGGCUUUUGGUCUUUUGGCUUCUUUAUUGUCUCGAUGUUUAUAUUGAUCAUCCUGGUAUCAACUCAGCAUGAAAAUCUCAACUUAAUUUUGUGCAUGAUUUUUAUACCUUCCUACACUUCAAUUGGAUUUUUCAUGUUUUUGACUAAGCUAUACUUUGAAAUUCUGGACAAGGGAAUAAGUGAAGUCAAGAAAACCGUUUUCUUAACAGUCUUAAUACCAUAUCUUCAGAGUGUCAUUUUCCUUCUUAUUCUAAGACAUCUGGAAAUGAAGUAUGGAAAUGAAAUAAUGAGGGAAGAUCCAGUUUUCAGAAUCUCUCCAAGAAGUAGGGAAACUCAUCCAAAUCCAGAAGAGCCAGGAGAAGAGGAUGAAGAUGUUCAAGCUGAAAGAGUCAAAACAGCAAAUGCACUCACUGCUCCAAACUUGGAUGAGAAACCAGUCAUAAUGGCAAGCUGUUUACACAAGGAAUAUAAGGAGAAAAAGAAAAGUUGCUUUUCAAUAAGAAAGAAGAAAAUAGCCAUUAGAAAUCUUUCCUUCUGUGUUAAAAAAGGUGAAGUUUUGGGAUUACUAGGACACAAUGGAGCUGGUAAAAGUACUUCUAUUAAAAUGAUAACUGGUUGCACAAAGCCAACUGCAGGAGUGGUGGUAUUACAAGAGAGCAGAGCAUCAGUGAGGCGACAGGAAGACCACAGACCCAAGUUUUUGGGGUACUGCCCUCAGGAAAACUCCUUGUGGCCCAACCUUACAAUGAAAGAGCACCUGGAGUUGUAUGCAGCUGUGAACGGACUGGGCAAAGAGGAUGCUGCUCUUAGUACUUCACGAUUGGUGGAAGCUCUUCAGCUCCAGGAGCAACUUAAGAUUCCUGUGAACACCUUAUCGGAGGGAAUGAAGAGAAAGCUAUGCUUCGCGCUUAGCAUCCUGGGGAACCCAUCAGUGGUGCUUCUGGAUGAGCCGUCGACCGGGAUGGAUCCCAAGGGGCAGCAGCAAAUAUGGCAGGCAAUUAAGAGCAUCAUUAAAAACAAGGAAAGAGGUGCCCUCUUGACCACCCACUACAUGACAGAGGCUGAGGCUGUGUGCGACCGUGUGGCCAUCAUGGUAUCAGGAAAGCUGAGGUGUAUUGGUUCCAUUCAACAUCUGAAAAGCAAGUUUGGUAAAGAUUAUUUACUAGAAGUGAAAAUGAAAGAACCCACUCAGGUGGAACCUCUCCACACAGAGAUUUUGAAGUUUUUUCCACAGGCUGCUCGGCUGGAAAGAUAUUCUUCCUUAAUGUCAUACAAGUUACCUGUGGAAGAUGUUCACCCUCUAGGUCAGGCCUUUUUCAGAUUAGAGGCAGUGAAACACUCCUUCGACCUGGAAGAAUAUAGUCUCUCUCAGGCUACCUUGGAGCAGAUAUUCUUAGAACUCUCUAAAGAGCAAGAGCUAGAAAAUUUUGAUGAUGAAGUUGAUACAACAGUUAGAUGGAAACUCCUCUCACAUGAAGAACCAUAAAACCAAGAACCUCCUAACAUUUAAUUAUAGGUCCUACUACAUUGUUAGUCUCCAUAAUUCUAGAAGCAUCUUCCAUAUUACUUCAGUUAACAAAACAAAACAUUCAAUGAUUUAAAUAUUCAAUAGUGAUUAAAAUUUAAAAUUUUUUUUAAAUUUUAGAAUGGAGGGAACAAGGAAAGAUAGAGAAAAGUAGUAGAUAAAAUUAACAAAAUGGGCAUUAUAUUCACCCCCAACAUAGGCCUAUUUUGUACUUAAUAAUAAUUAAAAAAAUCACAUAAUGUUAAGCUAGUUUUUGAUUAUUAUAGUAGGGCUAAAUGCUAUGCAUAUUUUACAAAUAAAAUAUUAUGGGUUUUUUUUUUAGCUUAACCUUUGAAAAUAGCCUCAGCUCUUUUUAAACAUUAUUUACUUAAAUUAUAAAUUAAUGUGACAUUGACUAUAAAAGGAUCUAAUAAGUUGGUGGAUGAAAUUGCACAGCAUAACAUUCAUAUAUAGUGAAAUAUUCUUAUCAUAAAACAAAUAUAUGCAAAUUUUAGAAUAUAUAGAAAUUAUAUGGAAGAGAAGAAUCAUAAUCUGUAAUAAAACACUGCAGUUAAUAUUUUGGCCAAACUAUAUUCAAUGUAUUUUUUUUUAUUCAAUGUCUUUUUAUAAGUACUUUUUCAAAGUUGAUAUCGGUUAGCACAGUAAUUUUCUAUAUUUUUUUCACCUCACAGUUCAUGAACAUUUCCCAUGUCAUUAUAACACUUCUGUUAUGUAAUGGCUCCAUUGAUUUAAUGACUGUAUUGAUGUACUAUCAUGGUUUUUACAUUUGGGUUAUAUGCACAUGUAUCUCUUUUAAAUAAAGCUUUGAUAAGCUUC